CGGUGGGUGGCGAUAACGCACACAUUCGGCCAAUGAAACAUCAAAAGAAGAAGAAGAAGAAGAAGAAGGCAAGAUGGCUGCGAUUGGGGUUCAUUUUGGUUACACGUGCGCUUGUGUGGCGAUAUUUAAGGAUGGACGGGCUGACGUGGUGGCUAAUGAUGCAGGAGACAGAGUGACUCCAGCCGUGGUGGGCUACAGAGAGACUGAGCAGAUUGUUGGUAUUGCAGCAAAGCAAGGACGGAUCCGCAAUGCUGCCAACACAGUGGUUAAAGUGAAACAAGUGCUGGGAAGAAGAUUUGAUGAUCCGGAAACACAAACUCACAAAACAGAAUCCAAGUGUCAAGUUGUCAACAUUCAAGAUAAGCCUCAUUAUGAGAUCACAGCAGGAGAACACCCAGAGUAUGUUGCUCCAGAGGAUAUUGCAAAGCUCAUCUUUCACAAAAUGAAAGAAACGGCUCAGUCAGCCCUGGGCUCUGAUGUCAGUGAUGCAGUCAUUACUGUACCUUUUGAGUUUGCACAUGCUCAGAAGCGGGCUCUGAGGGAGGCUGCUGAAGCUGCAGGGUUCCAUGUACUGAGGCUGAUCCAUGAGCCUGCUGCUGCUUUGUUGGCCUAUAACAUCGGACAGGAGUGCUCUUCUGGAAAGAGCCAUGUCCUGGUGUAUAAAUUGGGUGGGACCUCUCUGAGUGUGACAGUGCUGCAGGUCAAUGGAGGAAUGUUCCGGGUUCUGAACACCCACACUGACCACAGCAUCGGAGGAGAAAGUUUCACACAGGCCUUGGCCAACCAUCUUGUAUCAGAAUUUAAACGCACGUUUAAGCACGAUGUGAGUACCAACGCUCGGGCAAUGCUGAAGCUAAUGAACAGUGCAGAUAUGGCCAAGCACACACUAUCCUCCUUGGGAUCAGCCAACUGCUUUGUUGACUCUCUGCAUGAUGGCAUUGACUUUGAGUGCAGUGUCUCAAGAGCGCGAUUCGAGCUGCUCUGCUCCUCACUCUUCAACAAAAGCAUCCAGCCAAUCAGACCUUUGCUGGAGGAGACAGGACUUUCUGCCAUCAACAUUAAAAAGGUGGUUCUUUGCGGUGGCUCAUCUAGGAUCCCUCGUCUCCAGCAAAUGAUGCGUGAUAUAUUUCCUGAUGUGGAGCUUCUAAGCUCAGCACCUCCUGAUGAAGUUAUUGCUGUUGGAGCAGCCUUAGAAGCAGGAUUACUGACUGGCAGAGAUGGCAUCACCCCUGAGGAAGAGUCCGUUGUAGUUGAUGUUUCUGCCACUGACUUACUACUUAAGGAGGUGGAUGAAUCUGGAGCUGAGAUUUUCACUGUUCUUCUUCCAUCGGGUACACCCCUUCCUGCCCGCAGACAUCACAUCCUCAGUGGAGAGGGCAAAGUCUCCUCCCUCUGUUUGGAGAUUUAUCAGAGAUUUGUCAGCGAGCAUCCGGAAAAGCUGUCUAAGAUCGUCUUUAAAGACCUGCAGCCCAAAGACGAGAACCACAGCAUCGACACCAUUGUGACAAUGAAAAGGGAUGGCUCGGUUCAUGUUUCCUGUGUAGAACAGGGUACUGGAAAGUCGCAGGCCAUCACCAUAACAGCAGCAGCAUCAUGAAGUCAGCAGUCCUAGUCCUCCGCCAUAUUGACAAUUUGUUGUUGCAAUGUUUUUUGUGUGUGUUUUUUUUCCUUCAAUUUUCACUCAAUAAACAUAAUACAACUCAAACUA